AUGAAUCGAACACUCCUAUUCGUCACCGCGCUUCUCAUCGUCAUCCCAACACUAUAUUUGGAUACGAUGCUCGCCGAGGUUACCGCCUCUCUUCCCACGCUCCGCAACAAGCGCAUUGGUCUGGUCAUCGCCCAUCCAGAUGAUGAAGCCAUGUUCUUCGCCCCCACGGUAAUGGCCGUCGCACGCCCGGGGACGGGAAACCAUGUCCGAAUUUUGUGUCUCAGCAGUGGGAAUGCAGAAGGCCUCGGCGAGACGCGGAAAAAAGAGUUGGUGAAGAGCGGGCUUGUGCUUGGGCUGCGCAGCGAGGAUGAUGUGUUGAUCGUGGAUGAUCCUGUGAACUUUCCCGACUCAAUGAACGCCAGCUGGUCUGCUGAAAAGAUAGCGGCUGUUCUCCACGACACAUUUACAUCUAGCUCUGACUCGCAGGACCCAACAAUUGACACCCUUAUCACGUUUGACUCUCAAGGCAUCUCUUCUCACCCAAAUCACAUUUCGCUCUACCACGGCGCAAAGGCCUUUGUCUCGUCACUCACGCCAAAUGACCCUAACACUGAUGAUCCUAAGGAGAGGGUAAUUCCGGUGGAUCUCUAUACCUUGACGACAGUGAGCUUCUUGAGGAAGUAUUCGGGCCCAUUUGAUGUAUUGGUAAAGCUAGUGGUGAAUCGUCUCGCUGUCCUAGGUGGCGAUAACAGCCUCGAAUCGAGAAGCGAGAAGGAAAUACUGGGGGAUCACCCUGCCAGAUUGACCUUCGUUCAUGGUUUAGGCACAGGAGGUUGGGCCACUGCGAAGGAGGCUAUGACGGCGGCACACGUCAGUCAGAUGAAGUGGUUCCGGUACGGAUGGAUUAUUCUCAGUCGCUACAUGUAUGUGAACGAUUUAGAGUUGGACGGUUUGUAG